AUGAGACAAAUUCAUCAAGAUCUCAACCAUGUUGGUCGAAACCAGAUGCUUUCGAAAUUAAGAGAAAGAUUUUGGCUGAUCAAUGCACCGUCAGCUAUCAGAAAAAUCAUUUCAAAAUGUGUAGUUUGUAGACGACAGCGAGGCAGCGUUGGUGAACAAAAAAUGUCCGAUUUGCCUGAAGAUCGAGUCACGCCAAAUGAACCACCUUUUACGCGCGUAGGCGUGGAUUACUUUGGACCCUUUGAGGUUAAGCAAGGAAGAAGCUAUGUAAAACGUUAUGGUGUUAUUUUUACGUGUUUAGCAAGUCGAGCUGUUCAUUUGGAAGUUGCCGCGUCUCUAGACACUGACUCGUACAUCAAUGCAUUACGUCGUUUUAUUGCUCGUCGCGGACAAGUGACAAAAAUGCGGUCUGAUAAUGGAAGUAAUUUCAUUGGUGCCAAUAAGGAACUCAAGAAAGCGAUUACUGACUGGAAUGUGUGUCAGAUUCAUGACGCAAUGUUACAGAAAAACAUAGAUUGGCAGUUUAAUCCUCCAGCAGGCUCGCAUCAUGGAGGCGUCUGGGAACGAAUGAUUAAGACUGUACGUCAAACUCUAAAUAGUGUUGUGAAGGAGCAAACUCUUAAUGAUGAGUCCUUACAUACUUUGUUUUGCGAAGUUGAGUCUAUAAUCAAUGAUAGACCAAUUACCAGGAAUUCAGAUUCACAUAAUGACCUUGAGACGUUAACCCCGAAUCACCUUCUUCUUAUGAAACGUAAGCCAAGUUUACCUCCAGGAAUCUUUGCGAAAACAGAUAAUUACAUCAGACGUCGCUGGAGACAAGUUCAGUACAUGACUGAUCUGUUUUGGCAUCGGUGGACUCGAGAAUAUUUACCUCUACUCCAAGAACGUCAGAAGUGGUGUGACGUCAAAAGAAAUUUAUGCGUUGGUGAUGUUGUCCUAGUUGUAGAUUCUAACGCGCCAAGGAAUUCGUGGUUGAUGGGUAAAGUAACAGAGACUAUUCCAGAUAGAUUAGGCCAUGUUAGGCAAGUGAAGUUGAAAACUGUGUUCAAUACGAGCUUGGUACGUCCAGUUGACAAGCUAUGCUUGCUUCUUGAAGCGGAAACAUAG